ACGUAUUGGAUUUGCCCCCGCGGUCGCCGCUGUGUCCGCAAUCCGAUCCCUACAAAAACGGCGUUGGUUUGCUGCCACAGCUCAGUUGUUCAAGAAACUUUGCCCAAAACUUUGCCCAAUUGGUUUUAAUUUAGAGGAAGAGCAUCCUGAAACCUUAAACAGGAGUCUAUUCCGAGAUCUAACCUCAAUAGCAGUGCAAUGACCCCCUUCUCGACGCGGCUCAGCCUGCUGGUGGCGGUGCUCCUAGUAGUGGCCCUGACUACCAAGGGGUGCUCAGCUAAAGUGGGAAAAGAUCGCCGCGAAAUUCGCAAUAGUUUACCCAGAUCACCCUAUGCAAGACCUAGGUAUAAUGAACCAGUUCCAUUGCACAGUUCCAAGGCAGUUAAACUCAUCAAACCAGUCGCCAACUCAUUUACUAGUAGUAGAGUAGGCAUUCCCCUUGUCCACAAAUCUGCCGAAGCACACAAGCCAACGUACAGAAGCCAACAAAACUCCAUCAAUGCCCACAAUGCUACCUACCAUCAUGGGGGUCAGGUUCCAGAUUACACUCCCUAUCCUUGGGUUUACUAUCCCGAGGAACCUUUUCCAUAUUUUAAUCAAGUGGGUCAGGAUCCAGAUUACAGUUACUAUCCUUGGGCUUACUAUCCCGAGGAACCUUUUCCAUAUUUUAAUCAAGUGGGUCAGGAUCCAGAUUACAGUUACUAUCCUUGGUUUGACUAUCCCGAGGAACCUUUUCCAUAUUUUAAUCAAGUACCCUAUGGAGCCCCCUACUACCCACAAUGGCCAGUCGGAGGUGAUCUGCCCGCUGGAGGAGCAUUGCCUGCAGGAGACGUUUACUAUCCACAGGCGCCGCAGGAGUCCGCGUCAGACUUGGGAUUGGGCACUGAUCUUGGCGCCAUCCUGGGUCACGCACUCACACCCACCCACACCCGUGUGGUGAAGAGUUCCAAUUCCUACUCCGGCGGUGGUGGAGGUGGAGGUGGAGCCACCACUCCUGUGGCUCCUGAGGCUCCUGUGGCUCCUGUGACUCCUGGACCCGCAGUUGCACCCAAUCCGACGGAUCAAAAUGCGCCAGUUCCACCUGGACCUGCACCUGGCUCCCAACCGAUUAAAUUGCGAACUGUGGCAUAUGUUUUUUGAAUAUUUAACAACCUUCUUGCUUUACUUUCCAGAAAAUCCACACUCUUUUUAAAAAGAUCCAACCAAUAAUGUUAGCAUUUAAAUUUCAAGAAAAUGUAAAGACAUC